GCCCUCGAGCAGCUCGGGGAGCUGCGGGAGGAGCCCGGAAGCGCUUUCUCCCGCCAGCACGUGGGUGCAAGAGCAGCCGGGGAGCGGAUCCUUGGGCGGGUACCCGCCCUCUUCCCUGGCCGCUUGCCCCAGUUCCUCCUGUUAUAAGACCUCGGUAUCUUAGGGAGCCUGGGCCCGACCCUUCCUUGGUUUGCUAGCCCCAGCAUCUGCCCCGUCCGGGAAGAGUCGUCGCUUUCCGCCCUUCCGCCUCUCGUCGCGUCCGUGCCCCAAGCCGCUGCGGAGCGCGCAUCAUGCCACCCACCUUAGGAGAGCUGCAGCCCUCGGCAGGGAAAAAAAUCCUGAAGAAUGAUAUUGAAGCCAUCUUGCAAGAGAAGAUCAUGGUGUUGGACGGCGGUAUGGGGACCAUGAUCCAACGGUACACUUUGAGUGAGGAGGAUUUCAGAGGACAGGACUUGAAGAACCACGCCAAGCCUUUGAAAGGCAACAACGAUCUCUUAAGUAUAACUCGGCCUGAUAUCAUUUCCAAGAUCCAUAAGGAGUACUUGAUGGCUGGAGCGGAUAUUAUUGAAACAAAUACUUUUAGCAGCACCAGGAUUGCCCAGGCUGACUAUGGCCUUGAACACUUGGCUUAUCGACUGAACAAAUGUUCUGCAGAAGUGGCUAGAACAGUAGCAGAUGAUGUAACUUCCCAGACAGGGAUCAAGAGGUUUGUAGCAGGGUCCAUGGGUCCCACCAAUAAGACCCUCUCUGUUUCCCCUUCUGUGGAGAGGCCGGAUUACAGAAACAUUACUUUUGAUGAACUGGUUGAAGCUUACCAAGAACAGGCCAGAGGACUUCUAGAUGGUGGAGUUGACAUCUUAUUGGUAGAAACUAUUUUCGAUACUGCCAAUGCUAAGGCAGCUUUGUUUGCACUCCAGGAACUCUUUGAAGAGGAUUAUGAUCCCCGGCCUAUCUUUGUUUCAGGGACUGUUGUGGAUAUGAGUGGGCGAACUCUUUCUGGACAGACGGGAGAGGCAUUUGUCAUCAGUGUGACCCAUGCAGAACCACUAUGCCUUGGAUUAAACUGUGCCUUAGGUGCCCUGGAAAUGAGACCUUUCAUUGAAACAAUUGGCAAGUGUACAACAGCGUAUGUCCUCUGUUAUCCCAAUGCAGGUCUUCCCAAUACCUUUGGCGAGUAUGAUGAAACACCUGAAAUGACUGCCAUGCACAUAAAGAACUUUGCAUUGGAUGGUUUGGUCAAUGUUGUAGGUGGUUGUUGUGGUACCACACCGGCUCAUAUCAGGGAAAUUGCGGAAGCUGUAAAAAAUUGUAAACCUAGAGUUCCCCCUGCAGCUGUUUUUGAAGGGCAUAUGUUGCUGUCAGGACUCGAGCCCUUCAGGAUUGGACCAUACACCAACUUUGUUAACAUUGGCGAGCGCUGUAAUGUUGCGGGAUCAAGGAAGUUUGCUAAACUCAUCAUGGCAGGAAACUAUGAAGAAGCUUUGAGUGUGGGCAAAGCCCAGGUGGAGAUGGGAGCUCAGGUUCUGGAUGUUAACAUGGACGACGGGAUGUUGGAUGGCCCCAUUGCUAUGACCAAAUUUUGUAACUUCGUUGCUUCUGAACCUGAUAUUGCCAAGGUACCAUUGUGUAUUGACUCUUCCAACUUUGCUGUGAUAGAGGCUGGGUUAAAAUGCUGCCAAGGGAAGUGUAUCGUCAACAGCAUUAGUCUGAAGGAAGGUGAGGAUGACUUCCUGGAAAAGGCUAGGAAGGUCAAGAAGUAUGGGGCUGCUGUGGUGGUCAUGGCAUUUGAUGAAGUGGGUCAAGCUACAGAAACCAACAACAAAAUUGAAAUAUGUACCCGAGCCUACCAUCUUCUUGUUAAAAAAGUGGGAUUUAACCCAAAUGACAUCAUCUUUGACCCCAAUAUCCUUACCAUUGGGACAGGAAUGGAAGAGCACAACCUGUAUGCUAUUAACUUUAUCAAUGCAACUAAGACCAUCAAGGAAACGUUACCUGGAGCCAAAAUAAGUGGGGGCCUUUCCAACUUGUCCUUCUCCUUCAGAGGGAUGGACGCCAUUCGAGAAGCCAUGCAUAGUGUUUUUCUUUACCAUGCAAUAAAGUGUGGCAUGGACAUGGGAAUAGUGAAUGCAGGAAACCUCCCAGUGUAUGAUGACAUCCACAAAGACCUCCUACAGCUUUGUGAGGAUCUGAUUUGGAAUAAGGACCCAGAGGCAACAGAGAAGCUGUUACGCUUUGCCCAGACUUAUGGCCAAGGAGGGAAGAAAGCCAUCCAGACAGAUGAGUGGCGGAAUGACCCUGUCGAGCAAAGACUGGAGUAUGCCCUCGUUAAGGGCAUUGAAAAGUAUGUUGUAGAGGAUACCGAGGAAGCAAGAAUCAACAAGGACAAAUAUCCCCGACCACUGAACAUAAUUGAAGGGCCGCUAAUGAAUGGCAUGAAAGUAGUUGGUGACCUCUUUGGGGCUGGAAAGAUGUUUCUUCCUCAGGUAAUAAAGUCAGCCCGGGUCAUGAAGAAGGCAGUUGGCUACCUUAUUCCUUUCAUGGAAAAAGAAAGAGAGGAAAAAAGGGCUCUUACUGGAACUGUGGAAGAAGAGGACCCUUACCAAGGCACCAUUGUGUUGGCGACUGUCAAAGGCGACGUGCAUGACAUAGGCAAGAACAUUGUAGGUGUAGUUCUGGGCUGUAAUAAUUUCAGGGUUAUUGAUUUAGGAGUCAUGACUCCCUGUGAUAAGAUAUUGAAAGCUGCCGUUGACAACAAAGCAGAUAUAAUUGGCCUGUCGGGACUCAUCACUCCCUCUCUGGAUGAAAUGAUUUUUGUUGCCAAGGAAAUGGAGAGAUUAGAUAUAAAGAUUCCUUUGUUGAUCGGAGGAGCAACCACUUCCAAAACCCACACAGCAGUUAAAAUAGCACCAAGGUAUAGUGCUCCCGUAAUACAUGUCCUGGAUGCAUCUAAGAGCGUGGUGGUGUGCUCUCAGCUACUGGAUGAAAACCUGAAGGAAGACUUCUUUGAGGAAAUCAUUGAAGAAUAUGAAGACAUUAGGCAGGACCAUUAUGAAUCACUCAAGGAAAGAAGAUAUUUAACCUUAGAUCAAGCCAGGAAAAAAGGCUUCCAUAUAGACUGGCUCUCAGAACCACCCCCAGUGAAACCCAGAUUUAUUGGGACUCAGGUUUUUGAAGACUAUGACCUGCAGAGGCUGGUGGACUACAUUGACUGGAAACCUUUCUUCGAUGUCUGGCAACUCAGGGGCAAAUACCCCAAUCGAGGUUUUCCCAAGAUCUUUAAUGACAAAACAGUGGGAGAAGAAGCCAAAAAAGUGUAUGACGAUGCCCAAAAUAUGUUGAAAGUACUGAUUAGUCAAAAGAAACUACAAGCCAGGGGUAUCGUUGGAUUCUGGCCAGCACAGAGUGUCCAGGAUGAUAUUCAUUUGUAUGCAGAAGAUGCCGUACCACAAUCUGCAGAGCCAAUAGCUAAAUUUCAUGGCCUGAGACAACAGGCAGAAAAGGACUCUGCUAGUACAGACCCCUAUUACUGCCUGUCUGACUUCAUAGCUCCUGUGGAAUCUGGGGUCCGUGACUACUUGGGCCUCUUUGCUGUGGCCUGCUUUGGAGUGGAUGAACUGAGCAAGACUUAUGAGGAGCAGUGUGACAUCUACAGCAGCAUCAUGGCAAAGGCCUUGGGAGACCGGUUGGCAGAGGCUUUUGCAGAGGAACUUCAUGAACGGGUUCGCAAAGAGUUGUGGGCUUACAGCGACAAUGAACAGCUAGAUAUUGCUGACCUGCGGAAAAUCCGAUAUGGCGGCAUCCGUCCUGCUCCUGGUUAUCCCAGCCAACCUGACCAUACUGAGAAGCUCACAAUGUGGAGACUUGGUCACAUUGCAGAAACCACAGGCAUAGAGCUUACAGAAUCCUUAGCAAUGGCACCUGCUUCAGCUGUCUCUGGUCUCUACUUUGCCAAUCUGAAGUCCAAAUAUUUUUCUGUUGGUAAAAUUUCCAAGGACCAGAUUGAAGAUUAUGCUUUGAGGAAAAACAUGUCUGUGGAUGAAGUUGAGAGAUGGCUGGGACCCAUUUUGGGCUAUGAUACAGACUAGCUCUCUUAUCAUCUUCCUCCCACCUAAAGAGACUUCAGAAAACAGACCCCAGAGUGCCUUUAAAAAUACGUACCACAACUGGUUAUCAUCUAAUGCAUUGGCCCACUAAAGGUUUGGGAAGACUGGGGGAAAACCAUUUGAUGAUGCGUGAGAUCUCUUUCAUCGCCACGAUGUGCGUUUGUGUGGCCCUGAAAGUGAGCGCUGCUUCUUUUUUUUAGAUAAGCAAACUGGAAUGCAGUGUAGAGAUAGCCAGCCUUAUGUGUCAGUCUUAUGUGUCAGAGGCUACCAACAGUUAAUGCAAGAAGUUAACUGAUUGCAUCGAUUAAGCACCUCUUACGUGUUGGGCAUUGUGCUAAACGUAGAGUUAGUAAGUAAGGUAGAAAUAGAGGUACUUUUCAGUAGGUAGCUAUAGCACUUGGUUGGCUUCUCAGUUUAUGUUUACCUUGUACCCAGAAUACUAUUUUUACAGAUGAUUUAUCUGGACUUUUUUUUUUAAACUCCAAGUCACAGUUUUAAUUGAGUCUGGAAUCAGGAGGACCUGGGUCAGAAUCCCACCUCCAAAACAUACUGUGUGACCACAGGGAAAUCCCUUUACCUCUCUGAGCCUCAAUUUCCUUGCAAAAUGGGGAUAAUAAUACCUGCAGGACCUACCUUCCAGGUUGGUUGUGCUAACCCAGUGAAGAAGUAUAGGCAGUGUACCUUGCAAAUGUUGGUUAUUGUUAAUGGGGAGAUGUGAACGUAAGGCCGACUGGCAUGAGAAACAAGACACUAGGGGCAGGGAUUGUUUGCUUUUAUUUUUUAUCUUUAUGCCUCUGGUGUUAAAUAUUUGGUGAGUUAGCAGUUAAAUCUUGCAUGGAAGAGAGUGUAGGCUGCUCUCCCCCCAUAAGGCUUCAUUUCUAAAGGUAAUUAUGUAUACUUAUGUCAAACUGAGCAUUACGAGCACAUGCCAGCAAGAAUCCUACUUGAGUGGAGGCAGACCCAUAGUAACUCAGUGUUAGGGAAAAUAAACUCAGAGGCAAUAUGAGUGGAAAUAUUUUAAUUUUAUCUGCUUAUCAUACUUCUUCCAUCUUCCUAACUCCCCCAAAAGGUGUCAGGAUUUCUGUGUUAGGAAAAGAAUGAUAAAUACUAUGUUCCCUUUCCAAAAAUGUUUUAGGUCUGGGGCUAAGUAGUUCCCUUCCCCCUGCACCCUGCCCCCGCCCCGUUUAAAUCUGAAGCAGCCUUCAAGGCCCAGCUCCAGCUCCACACUUGUUCAGCCUUGUUCAACCAUUCUGAUGUUAGAACUCUGAUAAUUACAAUUUCUAUCAUACACAUAUGGCUCAAUUUUUAUUGGAUUCUUAAUCAUUUAAUAUGCAUGUCAGUCUUCCUUUCACAAUUAAACCAUAAGCUUCCUAAGGGUAGGGACCAUGUGUUAUUCUGCAGUAUAUCCCUCCUAGCACCUAGAACAGCACUUGGCACGUAGGAGAGCCUAUUUGAGAGCCUGUAGUCUACGUUACAAGAGGGUAACAUGUUUGUUGUAGAUAGAGAGCUGACCUGUGCUUCAGGGAAUCCUGGGUUUCAAAUCCUGCCUCUGAAACAGAUUGGUUGGGUUACCUUGGGCACCUUUCACUACCUCGGUUUCUGGCAAUUCCUUAAGGCUGUAAGUUGUGGAACAGUAGCUAACCUGCUUUAAGGGGAGUUUCUUCAUUGGACAUUAUCUGCAGCAAUGAAAUUGCAGAUCUGGACCCAAAAAAACAUUCUCAAAGAAGAUAUGGGGAAAUGGAGCAAGUAUUUGUUAAGUGCCUACUAUGAUCCAGGCACUGUUCUAAGGGCUUUACAAAUGUUCUGUCUUGAUGAGGUAAAGUUUCCUGGUCCUUCAGCUUCUAGGUCAUAGAACAGUGACUGAGCAAAAUUAGCUUUCCCUGUCUUUUGCCAGCUUUGCCACCCGUUUAUUAUGUAAACCCAAAGAUCACAUUUUAAGGGUGUUUUCCUCAAAGCAUUAAGUCAACUGUUGUCCUGUACAUAUGUAGAAGGUAUGUGUGUGUGUGAGUGAAAUGAGAGAAAAAUAAUUAUACAUAUGUGAGUUUUUUUUAAAAAACCUUCAAUACUUUUUACGAAAAGUGAAAUGCCUAAUACUAAAAUGGUAAAAAAAAAAAAGUAAUGUAUUUACCCAUAUUCUGCUUCAUAAGUGCUACAAAGCACUUAAUGAGUUCCAUAGUAUUUCUCUUUUGUAAAAAUUCUGACAUGAGAAAAAGCAUAACCCCUAAAAGUUUUUUUUAAUAUAUUACAUCUGAAUAGAAUUACCAGCAGUCCACUUUUUUCCAUUAAGUGUCAUUCACCAUCUCUUCUGCCCUCUUGUAGAUGGAACUAUGUCUUUGAAUCUAUUGUUGAGAGAAUUCUAUGUCAGGUGUCAAUUUUUCUAGGGGAAAAAAAAUUGUGUGUGCAUAUGAGAGGUUGCAAUGUAAAAUAAAAUUUGAAACACCCA